AUGCCCCCGAUCCCACCCCAGCGAGAAAAGAGGAUAGUGGGCACCUCCCUGAAACUCUACUUCGACCUACCGAGUACACUCAACUACAUCGAUGCCGUCGCCCAACUCUCAUCUGCGGCAGAAGAAGCCAACGUCGACCUCUUCGUGAUCCCGGACUUCGUCACUCUUCUUCCUGCUGCGGAAAAGCUGAAGAACACUUCUGUACAGCUGGGAGCUCAGGAUUGCUGGUAUGAAGACAGAGGUGCUUUCACGGGCGAAGUGAGUCCUGUCGUCUUGAAGCAGGCCGGUGUGAAGAUUGUAGAGAUCGGGCAUGCAGAGCGGAGACGGCUGUUUGGGGAGACGGAUCAGGAUGUUGCUAAGAAAGCCGCUGCGAUAGUGAGGAACGGGAUGGUGCCUUUGAUCUGCAUAGGGGAGAAAAGUAAAGGCUCCGGCAUCGCCUCAGCAGCCGUAGGACAAGCCGUCAGCGAAUGUACCACCCAGAUUACUGCUGCACUAUCUCAACUUCCAAGCGAGGCGGAAGUUAUCUUGGCGUACGAGCCUGUGUGGGCUAUUGGUGCCAGUGAACCGGCGGGUGCGGAUCAUGUGGUGGCUGUUACGCAGCAAUUGAGGGCUUUGAUUAAGGGAACAGGGAGGACGGGGAGGACGAGGAUAUUGUAUGGUGGGAGUGCGGGUCCGGGUACGUUCGGGAAGCUGAAGGACGGGGUUGAUGGGUGCUUUUUGGGACGGUUUGCGCAUGAUGUUGGGAACUUGGGGAAGGUUAUCCAGGAGAUGAAGGCCUGA